AAUGAACGCGACUAACGAGUCGUUUAAUCUCAAAAAUGAAGCGGCGUUUAUUGUAACUGAAAAACUAAAAACUUUUUACCCACCAGUGCUGAUGAUUUUGGGGAUAUUUGGAAAUGUUCUUUCUAUCCUUGUUUUACGUAAGAGGACUUGCUCGUCAACUAGUUUGCUGUUGAUAUCGUUGGCAGUCACUGACACAUUGGUGCUACUAAACAGUGUUUUCAAAAAGUGGAUUUUCUUCAUUCUUAACCUGGAACCAAGAAACAGUUCUGCCAUUUUCUGUAAGGUUGACGUUUUUCUAUCGUACGUACUGAUACAACUUUCUCCGUGGAUUUUGGUCCUUGUAACUUUAGAAAGAACUUACUGUGUCAUAUGGCCUCAAAAUGUGCGAGACGUUUUUACAAGGCGCCGGAUGGCCGUUGCAUUGUCAGCGUUGAUUAUGUGUCUGUCGGCAAUGAAUUCGCACUUACUCUUCAUUUAUGACUUAAUAUUUGAACAGCGUAUUCGACGGAUUAUUUGUUAUCCAAGAAAUGAGACGUUCGUAUUCAAAAUUUGGACUUGGAUUGACUUAGCCUUAGCAUUUGGAAUUCCAUUUUGUGUAUUAUUAACAGGAAACCUGACUAUUUUGAUACGUAUCUUAUCAAGCAACAAGUUUAGAAAAUCAAGUGUGACAUGCAGAACAAAAAGUGAAACGUCGACAUCUGCUCCGCAUAACAAAAACCCUGUUUCACAAUGGACAUUUAUGACUCUAAUACUGAAUACUACUUUCUUUGUGCUGAUCUGUCCGUCUGUGACGUUUGGAAUUGGCCAAGUGUACUGGUUCCCCGAGGAAGAAGCAUCGGUCACAUCAUUUGCACAAAUGCUUCUUGUGUCAGAAAUUGUAUUUAUGUUGAUGUACACGAACAGUGCGAUUAACUUCAUCCUCUACAUGAUGUUUGGGUCAAAGUUCAGAGCAGACCUCAAGACUUUGUUCGUCCCUCUGACAACUUUUUUUAAGAACAGGAACAAUUCGAGAGGCAUUAUUAUGUUCCACACAAGUUCUGGUUACCAGAUAUCUCAUUGUCAUCAUAGUUCAACACAUGUGUCUAUUUGACUACGUAAAUUAGAUUUUACCUGAGGACGGUGAAUCUUAUAUCAAUAUUAAUGAGCCAAAGAAGGACUGUGACUCUUGUAUAUAUAUAUAUAUAUAUAUUAUUGAGCGGGAGAAUGAUUGUAAAUAUUGUGUCGAAAUUAUUCAGCCAAAGUAGGAUUGUGAACCUAGUACUGUUAUCACUGAGCGAGAAAUGGAUUGUGAAUCUUGUAUCGAUAUUAUUGAGCCAGAGAUAUACUCUGAAGCUUGUAUGGACGUUAUUAGGCUAGAGAUGAAUUUUAUUUCAUUAUUUUAUUAUACUAUUACUGGUAUUUCAGAAAAUUGAGAACUUUGAAAUGUGUGUAUAUGUUAAU